UGGUUGAAAGAGCUGUCAAUCAAUGCACACACACAGCACCGGCGAAUAGAGCGGAGGCGGGCGCGAGUAAGAAAAUUAUAAGGUCAUUGGAAUUACCAGCGCUACAAGCCAUCGUUACAAUGAAGCGAUAACAGAUAAGAAUGAAAAAAUGAAAUAACCCGGAUCAAAGUCUACCAAAGACGCCGCGGUUCUUAAGUAAAAGUCAGGCGUGUGGCCGCUACACAGCGGCGCGCGUGAAUCCGCGCAGGUAGACGGCGGAGGUUUCGCUUAAGCCGAUCAAGGUGGGAUCGUACGGGACAGGUUCCCCUUCUGCCGUAAAACACACGUUAUUGUGACCACGGACAUCGAAACCGAGGAUGUUGCGGUUGGCGUGCUCCACGGCUCUUCUCUUCACGCUCAGGCUGUUCGUCGGCCUGUCCUGGUUCCAGGUUCUGCCGUCCAUUUUUAUUUUCUUCCUGGGUUCUGGUGGAUGGAAGUCCUUACAUGUGUUUUCAAAGACCAUAUACCGCGAUUUGCAUGCAGCCAGUGUGUUGCUGAGGGUGAAACUCAAUGUCAAAAAGCACCUCCGUGAGCGCAACACCGUUCCCAAACUUUUUGCCAAGUCUGUCAAGAAAUACGGUGACAAGACUGCUCUGAUUUUUGAAGGAACGGGUGAGAAAUGGAGCUUCAAGGAGCUUGACGAGUACUCCAACCGCGUGGCUAACCUUCUGCUUCAGAGGGGCUUCAAGGAAGGCGACGUGAUCGCUCUGUUCAUAGAAAACCGCUCUCAGUACGUGGGGCUCUGGCUGGGCAUGGCAAAGAUCGGAGUGGAGGCAGCUCUCAUCAACUUCAACCUGAGACUGGAGGCCCUGGUGCACUGUGUCAACAUCUCCAGCGCCAAAGCCGUGGUGUUCGGCAGUGAGCUGACAGAUGCAAUGUGUGAGGUGCACAGCUCUAUGGGAAAGACUGUUGAGCUCCUCUGCUCUGGAGAAUGGGACCCCAAACGGGUUCCUGAAGGGACGGAGCAUCUCGAGCCGCUGCUGGAGGCGACCUCUACAAACCAGCCCAGCCAACCAGAUCGCAGCUUCACAGAUCGCCUCUUUUACAUUUACACGUCGGGAACCACUGGAAUGCCCAAAGCUGCUAUAGUUGUACACAGUCGGUAUUACCGCAUGGCCGCCCUGGUGUACUAUGGUUUCAGAAUGAAGUCUGAGGAUGUGCUUUAUGACUGUUUACCACUUUACCACUCAGCAGGUAACAUCGUGGGAGUUGGCCAGUGUCUGAUCCAUGGAAUGACUGUAGUGAUCAGGAAGAAGUUCAGCGCAUCAAAGUUCUGGGAUGACUGUAUCAAAUACAACUGCACAAUCGUGCAGUACAUUGGGGAGAUCUGCCGCUAUCUGCUGAAUCAGCCGAAGAAGGACACAGAGCACCAACACAAGGUCCGCAUGGCCCUCGGUAACGGCCUCCGUCAGUCCAUCUGGGAGGAAUUCACCACCCGCUUCAACGUCCCACAGAUCGCAGAGUUCUACGGCGCCACCGAGUGCAACUGUAGCCUGGGCAACUUCGAUAACAAGACGGGUGCCUGUGGAUUCAAUAGCCGGAUCCUGCCAUUCUUUUACCCCAUCCGCUUAGUCAAGGUGAACGAGGAGACCAUGGAGCUCAUCAGAGGACCUGAUGGAGUCUGUAUCCCGUGUGGUCCAGGAGAACCUGGUCAGUUGGUUGGCCGAAUCAUUCAAAACGACCCUCUCAGACGAUUUGACGGCUACGUCAAUCAAUCAGCCACUAAUAAAAAGGUUGCUCACGAUGUCUUCAAAAAAGGAGAUAGUGCCUAUCUCUCAGGGGAUGUGCUGGUGAUGGACGACUACGGCUACAUGUAUUUCAAAGACCGCACGGGAGACACGUUCCGCUGGAAAGGAGAGAACGUGUCCACCACUGAGGUGGAGGGAACUCUGAGCCGCCUGCUGGACAUGAAAGAUGUGGUGUAUUAUGAAGUCACAAUACCAAGUGCUGAAGGCAAGGCAGGGAUGGCAGCCAUAGCAGACCCGGACCACACCACUGACCUUGGCUUUAGCCGGGACCUGGAGAAGGCCCUGCCGCCCUAUGCCCGGCCUGUCUUUCUGCGCUUCUUACCAGAAGUGAACAAAACGGGGACUUUCAAAUUCCAGAAGACAGACAUGCGACGGGAGGGAUUCGAUCCCAGCGUCGUCUCUGACAAACUCUACUUCCUGGACUGCACUAAGGGACAGUAUGUGGAGCUGAAUGUAGAGCUCCAUCGCAGCAUCGUCUCAGGAAAGCAGAAAUUAUGAGACUACUGCCAAUCUCCACCCGUUCCCUCACCACCCCACCUUCAGCAGCCCUCAAACCCCGCCCCCUCAUCACUCCGCCCUUCAUUACCUCAGCAAACACAGUGAGGGGCCGCAGGAACCCAUUCUGGUUGUGUAUUCAAAUCCCCGUCGAUUCAUUCUCACAGACCACCUCUCUUACGACCGAGACGGGACUGAGGUGGCAUUCUUCUUGAAAACAAAAAAAAUACACAAAAAAAUGAAGCAAUUUAGCAAACAAGAAUACAAAAAACAAACAGCAAGGAAAGGCACAAGGACCAAACACAGGUCUGUCAAAUGGUAACGCUUUCCCUUUGCCUCAGCUGCACAAUGCUCGCCUGCCUACAGGAUUCGGGACUGACUGACGGGUCUGACGAGUGACUGCCCUCAUGAAUGCACCCUCAAGCCCUGACCAAAACCACGAGGAUCGACAUGCAAUACAAACACAGCACUGGCUGUGCACUUGCCAGCUGCCAUGCUGUUUAUUUAACAUGCACCAAAUAUAUUUAAGUUGUAGAAUAGCUCAUCAUCUAUAUACAAGUCAUGCUGCGUUGAAGACGUCCAUUAUUGCACUGCUACUGUGUCCAUUGUACCUCUCCAGACGUUUAGUGUGCAGCGUCAGCAUGGAAGCAGAUUUUAACGAUCAGCCCGGUGCGACAUUGUGCAGACUGGGCUUCAUGGGUUUGCUUUGUUUUGCUAGACGUGAAGACCAUUAAGUUCCCAGCAAGGAAUCUCUACAGGACACUAUAGCGGAGUCUGCAUGGAGGCGAAUGAAAGUAGUGUAAUUCUCUGGUGCUAAAGCACGGACAUCCUAUCUGUCUGCAGAGUGG